GGAUAAGGAAUGCAGCAGUCGGUGCUUUCUAUGCGGAAGCGCGGCAACUCUAUUGAAGAUCCCCUUUCUUUCAACGACAGUCUUUUCUCCCUCUUGUCUUCUUCCUCUUCCUUUCUACUCUGUAUUCGUUAUUCUACCAUCUAUAUCGAUUUAAUUUUUCCUUUCUUUCUAUCGCUGUAAUUCAAAGCAACUUCAACUCAAUAUUUGACUCAUUUUGAUGGCGACGGGUAAACGGGCGCGUUCAACCUCACCCCUGGACGAGUCGGCGGAACCCAGGGGGAAAAGGGCUUCAAAAGCAUGCCAAGUGUGCCAGUCGCGAAAGAUUCGUUGUGAUGCCAUGCGAACAGGCAUCCCUUGCACGAAUUGUAAAUGGUAUGGGCAUGAAUGCGUGGUUCCUGAAGGCAAACGGGGAGAAAGGCACAACAGGGUCUGGAACACUUCACUGGUACCAAGAUCUACAAUUCCAGCGGAGCCUCUGGUACGCCCUGAAAACCAAACCACCGCCGACUCAUCAUCCACCUCAGCUAUCUUAGAAUUUCUUGAAUUAGACCUGCCCCUUGGCCUUCCUUUCUGCAGACCACAAAACAAAGCUCGUGCAUCUCCCGCCAAUGCUCAAAAACAGUCCCCCGGUUUGCCCGACUAUAUCAGCCCGCUGCCCUCCAGGUUAACGCCGGCCGAUCUUGGGUAUCUGCGGAAUAAAGGGGCUUUGGUUAUUCCAGAGCCCGAACUGAGGGACGCACUUCUGCAGAGCUUUGUCUUGUUCGUGUAUCCGUUUAUGCCGGUUGUUGACCUGGGGGACCUUUUCACCAGAAUUAAAGACAACAAUCGCAAGAAGACGGUCAGCCUCAUGCUUUUCCAAGCUGUCAUGUUCGCCGCCGUUACACAUGUGGACAGGCACAUUUUGACUGCCCAUGGAUACAAUAGCAAGAGAGAAGCGCGGAAAGCGUUUUUCGAUCGAGUCAAGCUCCUGUAUUCCCUCGACUGUGAAGUGAAUCAAGUCACACUGGCGCAAUCGGUGCUCCUGAUGACUCAUUGGUAUGAGAGUCCAGACAAUGUAAAAGAUACCUGGCACUACAUGGGUGUUGCCGCUUCCCUUACGCGAGCGAUUAGUAUGGAUCGACCACCGGAGCUGUCGCGAGGGUUAUUGAAACGUAUUUGGUGGUCCUGUUACAUCAGAGAUCGAACCGUGGCUAUUUCCAUGCGGCGGCCCAUGCGCAUCCGAGAGGAAGAGUUUGAUAUUCCCGAGCUUGAGCUGCAAGACUUCGACAUAGGCUCUUGGCCGAAGGACUUUGGUGGGACAUUGGGAACCUGGGAGCCCGAACGCUACGUGAUGCUCGUGAAAGUCUCCAUUGCUCUAGCAGGCUGUUGCCGAUGCAUUGCCCACAUCUUAAACUGUCAUUAUGUCGCUACAGGAGGUCAGGUCGGCGCUACACAAGAAACCACGAUCCGGCUCAAUCCCAAGAGAUCCGCUUCAUCGCCCUGCGGGUCUAUAGAUUGUGACGAGGAACUUGAGACAUGGUAUAAAACUUUACCACCGGAGCUUCAGUGGCCUAAGCAAGGCUCUCCGCAACUGAGACUCUCCCUCUAUGACGAGGCUAUUGCCCUCCAUGUUGCUACUCUAUAUGGGAUUUACAUCACCUCAAAAAGCACGCUGCACCGUUCUCUUUUGGGGACUCAUCCAGCUGGCUCUAGAUUGAGUUCCCUCUCGGAGAAAGUAGUUCGUGGCGCUGCUAUGAAGAUUGUCGACCUGUUCCACGAUUUGGACGCCAUUGGCCUUAUCCGCUAUCUUUCGGAAGCUGGAAUCGUAAUUCUCCAACCAGCGAUUGCCGCAUGGCUCUGCGAUAUGAAGUCUUCGAAUCCAUCAGCUCGUGAAGCCGGAGCUGAACACUUCCGAUUUUGUACAGGAAUUUUAGACCAGCUAAGCGACGUCUUUGUGUCAGCACAGAGUGUUUCCUUGUUUGUUGCUGCGGCUGCUCGCAAGGUCGGUAUAGCGGUCAAAGGGUCCUCUACGGGCAUCUCAAAUGGCAAUAGAGAAGAUCCAACGAGCGUUUCCUCGGGGAUGCAAGAACGAUCAGCAGCCCAAAACUUCCGAAGGACAAUGUCAUUGCCUGCGACAAAGGUCAACCGCCAACUCGAAGAACCGACACCGUAUGAUGCAGCGGCGUCGCUCAUUCCCUGUAUUACCAUGACAUCUCACGAGCAAGCACUCUUCACGGAACUGGCGACUCUUUCAAACCCCGAUGACCCGGUCGCUGAGAGAGGUAUAUCUUUGGACUUAAUAAAAGCUCGUGACCCCGGUGAGCUUUCGUUGUUUGACCUUGGUCCUCCCAGCGAACCAGGUAUGAAUAACGGGAUCCAACACUACCAGGAUCGAUCUACGGACAAGGCAAGCUGCGAUGGUCUUAGUCCCGAUUUUGAUCUCAACGCUUUUUCUAUUCCAGCAGAAGAUGGAAUGUGGAGCGAGUUCUGUGACCUCUCGCUACUGUUAACAAAUUGACAUGAAUAAUGAUAUGAUAAUACGUUCCAUAUAACGGAAAAACCUGUGUGUUACCGGCCCCC